AUGAAUCUUGAAGGGUACCCAACUGCUCCUGUCCCAUCGCAGGAAAGAGGCAAUGAUGGGUUUUCUGGACAGCCUGCAGUCCAGUACACCGCAGUGAACAUUACUGCUGAGCCCCCCAGUGACUACAUCAUCUGGUCACUCUGCUGCUUUGUCUACUGCAACCCGUUCUGCCUUGGACUGGCUGCUCUCAUCCACUCUAUCAAAGCCAGAGACAGGAAGGUGGCUGGAGACCUGGAAGGUGCCAAACAGUAUGGCUCCACUGCUCGAACCCUCAACAUCUGGGCCACAGUCAUCGCUUCAAUCACAUUCCUGAUUCUCAUUAUUUUAUUCACAACGAAACAUUAG